ACUCGAACCGAACGUGUGACCCCACCAAUGGAUUGCUCUCCAAGUGUGAAGGUAUCAUCCGCUAAAAACUGAAACGCCUCUUACCUGCGCAGGGAUGGUGCGGCGUGCGCUGGCGCUGUUCAAGGCCUGCCUGGUGGCGGUGGGCUGCGCCGCCCUGGUGCUGUUCUACUUCCUGAGCGGCGUGCCCACCGCGCCGCCCGCCGCGCCGCCCGCCGCCACCCUCCACGAGGAGGCGCAGCGCCAGCUCCUGGCGUUCCUGCGACGCCCGCUGGAGAACGCCACCAUCGCCAUGGGUGCGCCUCCGCCCGGCUACCUCGUGUACAGUCCGUCGUGCCGCAUCCCGGACACGGACCCGUUCCACCCGUCGCUGCAGAAGCUGGUGCACCGCGAGGACCCCGUCGUCUGCUCGUCGCUGCCGCCGCUCACCUACACCAAGCUGGUGGCGGGCAGCGACCACGCCGGCGCGCUGGGGUCGCUCGCCAUGCACCUGCUUCGCCUGGACACCGAGCUGCUGCCCAAGUACACCCCGAGGUUCUACCACAACGUCACGUGCUGCUACCAGAGCGUCACCCGGGUGGACCCGGAGCCCGGCGCCACCAAGGUGGACAAGGACGUCGACAACAAGUUCCACAUGGGCCGUUGCGAGGACCUGGUAGGCGAGGCGCAGCUGGAGCCCGACGUGGAGUUCGUGAUGGUGCGGUGCUCCGCCACCCGGCCGGGCUGGCGCACCAAGAAGGUCUACACCAACAUGCACGCCGUGGUGGCCCCCAAGGCCGCCAUCCGGGCCAAGCUCAGGGAGAACCCGGCGCGCGAGCCCGGGGACCCCCGCAUGUCCGUGCUCAUCAUCGGCGUGGACUCGGUGUCCAGGCUCAACUACAUCCGCACCAUGCCGCGCACGUCCGAGCUCCUGCGAUCCCACGGCUGGUACGAGCUCCGCGGCUACAACAAGGUGGAGGACAACACCUUCCCCAACCUCAUGGCCAUCCUCACCGGCAUGACGCGGCCCCAGGUGGAGGAGCGCUGCUUCCAGACGGCCAUGACGCCCAUGGACGACUGCCCCAUCAUCUGGCGGAAUUUCUCCCGGGCGGGCUACGUGACGGCCUACGUGGAGGACGAGCCCACCAUCGGCACCUUCAACUACAAGAAGGCCGGCUUCAAGCACGCGCCCACCGACUACUACCUGCGCCCGUUCCUGCUGGCGGCCCAGGACCACAUGCAGGUGCGUCGGCUGCACCGCCUCAACGCGUGCCUCGGCCCCACCACGGCCGCCGAGCACAUCCUGGGCUACGCGGCCAGCAUGGCGACGCUGCUGCGCGACAACCUGUACUUCGCGCUGUUCUGGAUGAACUCGUUCAGCCACAACAGCGCCAACUCGCCCAGCGCCAUGGACGACCGCCUGUUCCACUUCUGGAGGGACUUGCUGCGCUCCGGGGCCCUCAAGGACACCCUGGUGCUGUUCCUCAGCGACCACGGCAUGCGCUUCGGGAAGAUCCGCGAGACGGAGGUGGGGUGGCUGGAGGAGCGACUGCCCUUCAUCAACGUGUGGCUGCCGGAGUCGUUCCGACGGCGCCACCCCGAGGCCGAGAAGGCCUUCCGCGCCAACGAGGACCGCCUCACCACGCCGUGGGACGUCCACGCCACCCUGCGCGACGUCCUCCGCGUGUCCGGGGUCCCGGGUGACGCCACCCCGUCCGCCAGCAGCGCCUCCAGCUUGGCCUCCAGCGAGGACUCGGGGACGGUGGCGUGCCCGGGGUGCCAGUCCCUGUUCCGCGCCGUGCCCGCGGACCGCGGCUGCGCCGACGUGGCCGUGGACCAGCACUGGUGCACGUGCCUGGAGUACGCCUCCUUCAAGCCGGGCGAGCGCGCGGCGCGCGGCGCGGCCGAACACGUGGUGCGCUUCAUCGCGGACAAGCUGGCCGAGCGGCAGGCCGCCAACGCCUCCACCCUGGACGCGGGCUGGCACUGCGCGCCGCUCAGCCUGCACAAGGUCAAGUCCGUGCGCGGCCGCGAGCUGCAGCGCGGCGUCCGGGACUUCAUCGUCAUCCUGGAGACCAGCCCCGGCCACGCCGUGUUCGAGGCCACCGUCCGCGCUACCAAGACCAACAGCAGCACCGGCGCCGGCAAGGACAAGAAGGACAAGCAGGCCGUGCAGUACGAGCUGCUGGGUUCCAUCAGCAGGAUCAACGAGUUCUGGGAGCACAGCCAGUGCAUCCACAACGCCGACCUCAAGAAGUACUGCCACUGCUCGCGCGCCGCCGCCCCCGCCGCCCCCGCGCGCUCCCACCGCAGGGGCUGAAGGAGAAACUUUGAAAAGACGAAAACUGUGAUGCGUGGCAGCAGUAAUCCAAGCCCGCGACUUUUGGUUCCUGGAAGAAGUCGAUUGAGCCCGUGCCCACAUUCCAGGGUGUUUGUGUGUGUGAGUGUGUUUGUAGGUGUGAGUGUGCCGUGUAUGUGUGUAUGUGUGUGUGUUCGGGUGCAAUGGACUUGUUCGUGAGUGUAUGUGAUGUUUGUAAGAGCCUGUGCCUCGGCGCACGCCCGACUGAAACUGUGACGUCGCAGUGUCCGAAACGAAUUGUCUGUGUUAACUGUGUAUAGAAAGAAACGAAUUAUAUUUUACCAUUUGCACCGUUUUGUUAAAA